AUGCAGCUGAGUAGCACCCACAUCACACAACAACACAACACAUCUUCAUCGCGACAGAGAAUAAAUUUGCCGAAGUUAAAACUAUCGACGUUCAAUGGCUGCUACCGCGAGUGGCUGGAUUUUUACAAUACCUUUUUGGUCCUCGUCGACAAAAAUCCAGACCUCUCGGAUAUUGAAAAAUUUCAAUAUCUGCGCUCAAGCCUUUCAGGGUGCGCAGCUACCCUCAUACAAUCAUUAGAGGUGACCAACGCAAAUUAUAAGAAGGCGCUGCAGCUACUUGAAUCCCGUUUCGACCAUAAGCGGUACAUAUUCCAGUCGCAUCUUCAGCACAUCUUCGACACACAACGCAUCACCACACCCACCGUUGCUAAUCUUCGUAGCUUCGUCGACGUCAUAAAUGCAAACAUGCGUGCCAUGCAAUCGAUGGCAACAUCCACACAAAUUGGUAACGGGCUACUGCUUCACUUGGUCGUUUCAAAGCUAGACCAUGAAACGCAAGUGAAAUGGGAAGAAGAAGUGGCUGCGAAGUGGGACCGACCAUCACACCAGGUAUCCCUCAUGCUGCCAGCAUGGGAAGAUCUUGCAGCGUUCCUCGAACGUCGUUGCCAACUCAUCGAUAUCACCGAUCACAGCGCUACUUCAACCAAAUCGUCGCAUCGGUCACCAGAACCAACAUCAUCGUCGCAAUCAAAGUCUCGUCAAUCACCAAAGCAAGUAUCGUUCAUCACCACCAAUAAACCAAAAUGCGAUUUGUGUGAAGGCUCUAUCAGUCAUAAUGCCUUCAACUGUUCCGUCUUCAUGAAGCUGACACCAGUACAACGCUACGACGUAGCAAAGAAGAAGAGUCUGUGCUUAAACUGUUUGGGUCCGAAUCAUUCGUCGAAAGACUGUCCGUCCACGCAUAGAUGUCAAGUUUGUCGGGCGAGUCAUCACACUCUAUUGCACCGUUCGCAACCAACCACAACCAAUCCACAAUCAUCGUCUUCGCCACUGACACCGUCCAACACCAUGAAGUCAACUUCGACACCAACAGUGCUUCAGGUUUGUGACAGCAACCAAGAGGUUCUACUUGCGACUGCCGUGAUUCAGCUUCGUAGUCAAUCGGGUACAACGAUUUUCGCUCGUGCACUGCUAGAUUCCGCCUCGCAGUUGCAUUUCAUAACUGAGCGCUUGGCUCAGUUACUUCGUGUACAUCGCAAAAAGGUUCCACUGGAAAUCAGUGGCAUAGGAUUAUGCGGAUCAAGGUCGCAGUUCCUAUGCAAGGUGGAGAUACGCUCUCAACACACAGCAUAUUCAUCGAACAUAGAUGCGGUCAUCAUGAACGCAAUAACGACAUGCCAACCGCGCACACCACUGAACACCAUCGCAUGGAACAUACCAAAGAACAUCAACUUGGCUGACGAUAAUUUCAACAAGCCAGGCCCAGUUGAUCUUCUGCUUGGAGCGAGCAUUUUUUAUGACUUGCUGUUGAUUGGACAGAUCAAGUUGGGCGACAAUCUGCCUGUCCUUCAAAAAACUAAGGUUGGGUGGGUGGUCGCUGGAGCUGUCACAAUCCCACCACUUAUAUCUUCGGCGUCAUUGGUCCCAUCAUACACCACCUCAGUAGGCACCGACUGCAUACUAUCUAACGCAUGGCCAUCGCAAAUCUCCUUUGAUUCGAAGGUAACGGAAGCUUCGUCACUCACCUUGGAACCGUCACUUGAUCAGAUUUUGGAAAGGUUUUGGCUUAUCGAACACAAUCCACAUCAAACACCACCAAGUCUAACUGCUGAUGAAAUUGAGUGCGAAAAAUUCUUCGCAGAGACGACAAAGAGAUGCCCCAACACCAAUAAGUUCAUCGUUCGUUUGCCUUUUAAGGAAUCCCCACAGUCAUUGGGCAGCUCGUAUGAUAUAGCACAAAAACGACUAGUGUCCAUCGAAAUCAAACUUCGUCGCAACAAAUGUCUAGAGCGAGACUACUAUUCCUUCAUGAAAGAAUACAUCGAGCUUCAUCACAUGAUUCGCAUACCUCACCCUGGUAACUUCGUAAACUACAUACCACACUAUGCAGUCGUGAAGUUGGAUAGCAGCACCACCAAACUUCGCGUCGUGUUCGAUUCGUCGUGUCGUACAUCUAACGGCAAAUCACUCAACGACAUUCUUCGAGUUGGACCUACAGUGCAAGAUGAUUUGUUUUCAAUUCUCCUUAGAUUCAGAUGGCAUGUCUUUGUGCUGAUGGCUGACGUCGCAAAGAUGUAUAGACAAAUCAUCGUGGAAAAGCAAGAUGCACAAUGGCAAUGCAUUUUGUGGCGCGAUGAGAUAACCGACCGCAUAAUCACAUACCAGUUACAAACAGUGACCUACGGUACGGCAUGUGCGCCCUACUUGGCCACGAAGUGUUUGCAGCAGCUGGCAUGCGAACACAUGUCAUCUCAUCCAAUCGGCGCUUACGCCGUCCAUAACGACUUUUAUGUAGACAACCUGAUGACGGGUGCCUCCACUAUUGAAGAAGUUGUCGAAAUUAAGAAGCAAGUCAUCGAGGUGCUGAACAAUGGGGGAUUUCCAUUGAGGAAGUUCUCAUCAAACGAUACACGCAUAAUCGCAGACGUACCAGAAGCAGAUCGUGAAGACGUCAAACAGCUUGAUGACAUUGACUACAUAAAGGCACUGGGCCUUAUGUGGUCCCCAUCGCAAGAUAGUUUUUUGUUUCGCUACACACCACCACCACCAUCAUCGAAAAAUACCACGCGUAAACGGAAAGCACAUGUCGACCCCUUUGCGUAA